AUGUCUAUUUCGCUCAAAUUUGACAAAAACUUUAUGAUAGAGAAACAGCAAAAUAUAGACUUAAUCAAUUUCAAACGUUGGCUUGCACUGCAAUCGUGCAUCGACUAUAAGAACGUUAGUGGUUAUAUAGAUACAGACCACCAUCCGACACUAGUGGAUAUUAUGUUCAAAAAAAAAAUAAAGAUGUUGAUUGCCAAUACUAUUAAUAAGGGCAGUGCUUCUUUGGUUACUCAAGACGUUGAGAAAUAUGUAUGGGACAAUAUAACUGCAAAAAUUACAUUCAUUCGUGAAGUUCAAUCUUUAGUCAAUGAUAAUGAAGAUCUAGUUGGGACAAAUUAUAAUAUGCUCUCACAUAUAUAUUAUACUUCCCAUAAAAUUGAUUGGAGCAACACAAGAAUUGUAAAAGCUGCAACUAACAGUUUUAAUUUUCUCGCUUUGACUGAUGAUGGCAAAAUAUAUUAUACAAAAGUUUGGAGCGGAGGACAAAAAUGCAGUAUGCAUCAAAUAAAUAUUAAAGAAAAGAUUACAAGUAUGAGCUGCGGAAAAAAAUUUUUUGUGGUAGUUACGAAUAACUGCAAAGUGUUCAGUUGGGGUCUAAUUUUGUCUGAGGAAUUGAAUCCUUCUACCAGUUCUCCCCACACCUCAAAAGAAAUUUUUUUAAUAGAAGAGCCACGUGAAAUAGCUGCAUUUACAGGCAAAACAAUUGUCAAGAUAGCUUGUGGGAAUGAUUAUACUCUUGCUCUAAAUGAUAAAGGGAAACUCUACGGCUGGGGUUCAAACCCUAAUGGACUAUUGUAUCUGAAUUACAGCGAAAACAUUUUGUUUCCUAUCAUGAUGAACAUAGAUAAUGUAAAAAAAGUAUCGGACAUCGCUGUUAUUGAUUACAAUAAUUUUGUUAAGUCUAGCAAGGAUGGACUUGUAUACGCAUGGGGUUUUAUUUUUAACAUACCAUUUCAAAAAUCAAUCGCUUGUGAAUAUACGAACGCGUUUGACAUAUCCGACUCGAUGAUAGCUCAUUCACCAAUGUCCGUGGUCUAUGAAUUUAUAAAUGAAGAAUUUCACAUAUUAAAUGAUUUAGAAACUGCAUUCAACGAUCAGUCAACAAGUGAUCUCACGAUAAUGGUCGAGAAACAACCAAUUUAUGUUCACAAAGUUAUCCUGAAGAUUCGUUCUACAUAUUUUAGAAAUAUGUUCCAAACUAAUUAUGUUGAAAAUAGUCAAAGAGUCAUCGUGAAUAAUUAUUAUAGGUAUGUCAUUUAUAAAAAAUUUUUAGAAUAUUUAUAUACCGGUGAGAUCAAUCUAUCAUCUUUUGAAAACCUAUUAGAUCUUUUGCAAUUGGCAGAUAUUUUAUGCGACGAAAAUCUCCAAAUGGAUUGUAUACGAAAAAUAAAAAAAACAAUUAAUGUAUCGAACGUCAUGUACCUUUUUAAGCUUAUCAACGACAUGAACGAAGAACAUCACAAGAAGGAAUUGAUGAAAUAUUGCUUAAACUUCUAUUUUAAAAACAUGACGACUGUAAACUGGACAGAAGGUUUUGAAACAUUGGAUGUCGAAACAAAGGCUAUGUUAAUAGAUAAAGGGAGGACCUUUUUUUCAUCAAAAAUUCUGUUCUGGUUAUUUAGAAUAAUAUAUUUCUUAGUUUAGAGGAAAAAAGAAUAUAAUGGACUUUGUUCUGUGAAAACGAUUUACUCUCAUAAUCGAAACCAUUAUUGCAUGUGUUAUUUAAUUAAUAAAAAAAUGAUGAAAAAAUGAGUAAAUG